GUGGUGUUAUUGGGCCGCGAGCGGGAGAGCUUCUCGGUCUCUGGCGUGUUGGAGCCCAGCCUGCUUUCCCUCCCGCGGGGCCUCCUGGCCAACUCCCGAGUCCUCCAAAGCCUCCCAGUGGACCACUCAGUGGACCACUGGUCAUUUCUGCUGGCCCACGAGCGCGAGCCGCUGGUCCUGGCCUCUGCCGCCAGGGCCCUCCACGACUCUUUGCUGCACUCCCGCGCGGCCCUCGCGCGGCUGCCGGGGGCCCCCGGGGAACGGGGGGCCCCCGGGGGCCACGGCGGAGGGCUGAGGCCCUUGCCGCCGGAGUUCAUUGCUGCUGUUAAGACGCUUCUUGCAGACCCCAACGCCCCGCCCUCCCUCAAGGCCCUCGCGCUCUCGCUCCCCAAGGCCUCCGAACUCGCCGAGAGGUUCAGACCAAUGGACCCCGAGGCCCUCUGGCUGGCUCGGCGCUCAGUGCUGCUGGAGCUCCUCGAGGCCCUCGAGGAGGACCUCCUGGCUCUCUACGAGGCCCUCUCCGUCUCCUACCCCCCGGAGGGGCCCCUGGGGGGCCCCCUGGGGCCCCUGGGGGCCCCGGAGGGGCCCCUGGGGGCCCCGGAGGGGCCCCUGGGGGCCCCGGAGGGGUCCCCGGAGGGGCUUCUGGGGGCCCCCGGGGGGCCCCCGGGGGCCCCCCGGGGGCCCCCCGGGGGCCCCCCGGAGCCCGGGUGGAGCUUCAGCAGCCGCUGCCAGCUGCCGGAAGAGCUGGGCCGGCGGCGGCUGCGGAACAGCGUGCUGCUGCUGCUGUCGGAGAAGAGAGACGCAGCAGCAGCAGCAAGGGCCUUCAGUUACUUCAACUCUGCCCAGUGCCUCACUGACAAGUACUUCGCCCUCGAGGCCCUCGCCAGCAUGCAGCAGCCCCAGCGCCAGCAGGCCUUCGCCCAGUUCUUCGAACGCGCCCAGGGGGACCAGCGGCUGCUGAACGGGUGGUUCAGCGUGCAGGCGAGCGCAGACCUGCCGGACACUGUGGAGAGAAUUUCGGAGUUGUUAAAACAUUUUUCUUUUUCUUUUUUUAAUUUCGAAUCUGUAAACCAUUUGGUGUUUGACUUCGUGAAGACCAACCCGCGCCACUUCCACCGCAGCGACGGCGCCGGCUACCGCCUCCUCGCAGCCGUCAUCCUCAAGGCCCGCAAACCCUAA